GCUUACUUACAUUUCUCUCUGCUUCUUUUUCUCUCACACAUCAAUUCCUUGGGGGAUUAAGCGGUUAAAACUUGAGUCUUUUUCGGCUGCUUAUGGCUGGGAGGAAGAAAAGAAAGAUUAAAUUGUUAGCUGAAACAAUAAAUGCGGAUGAAAGAAAACCAAUUGAGGAUGAGGAGAGUUUGAAGCUACAAACAUGGUCUGAUCUUCCUGGGGAACUUUUGGAAUUGAUCAUGUCCUACCUAACACUAGAAGACAAUGUCCGGGCUUCUGCUGUAUGCAAGAGGUGGAAUAAGGUUGCAAUUUCUGUUCGAGUGAUUAACCAAUCACCGUGGCUCAUGUACUUUCCAAAAUAUGGUAACUUGUAUGAGUUCUAUGAUCCAUCAGUGCGUAAAACUUACUCCCUCGAGCUAUCAGAAUUGCAUGGAUCCAGGGCUUGUUACACUAAAGAUGGUUGGUUGUUGCUAUACCGACCCAGAAAUCAUUGUGUGUUCUUCUUUAAUCCCUUCACUCGGGAGAUGAUUAAGCUUCCCAGAUUUGAGUUGACAUAUCAGACGGUUGCCUUCUCAUGUGCCCCAACAUCUUCCAGCUGUGUGAUUUUUACAAUUAAGCACAUCAGUCCUACUGUUGUCGCUAUUAGCACAUGCCAUCCUGGGACAUCUGAGUGGACUACUGUUAAUCACCAGAAUCGGUUGCCGUUUGUUUGUAGCAUUUGGAACAAAAUUGUAUUCAGCAGUGGAAUGUUUUAUUGUCUUAGCCUCACUGGUUGGUUAGGGGUUUAUGACCCAAUGGAGCGUACUUGGGAUGUUCUUCAUGUGCCUCCUCCGAGAUGCCCCGAGAACUUUUUUGCAAAAAAUUGGUGGAAGGGAAAAUUUAUGGCAGAGCACAAUGGUGAUAUCUUAGUUAUCUAUACUUGUUGUACUGAGAACCCCAUUAUAUUUAAACUAGAUCAAUCAGAAAUGGUUUGGGAAGAAAUGCAAACCCUCAACGGUAUGACUCUGUUUGCUAGUUUCUUGUCAUCUCAUUCAAGAACCGAUCUCUCAGGAACAAUGAGGAAUAUUGUCUACUUCUCUAAAGUCCGUUUCUUUGGAAAGCGAUGCAUAUCAUACUCGCUUGAUGACGGUAGAUAUUAUCCCCGUAAACAGUGCUAUGACUGGGGAGGGCAAGAUCCGUUUGAGAACAUAUGGAUCGAACCACCUCGGGAUGUGUCAUUCAUCUGAGAAUAGUAGUAGUAAGUAUGUGUCAAGCUUUUACAACUUAUGUCCUCAUAUAUUUUGCAGCAUCCAUGGAAUUGCUAUUGAUGCUUGCUAUAUGGAAUAAUUGCUUAUGGAUGAGUUGAUCAUGUAUUACAGUGAAUAACCAUGUUUUGUAGAACACCAUUGACUCUACUGUGCAUUCAUGGAAGCACAUCUUAAUGCUUCUUUGAGAAUUCAGUUAAUUUUAAUUUACUUUUUUAUUUCAA